UUUCACUUUUCCUUCUGCCGAAGUUUCAUUUGAUUGUAGAACGCUGUAGUUCUUUAUUCUAAAGACAGCAAGCGGGGUCCAUCCCCAUCGGAUCCGCCUCCAAAUAAUCCAGUGCUCUUCCUCUAAGAUGUAUCACUGCUCAGAUUGUGGGAAGAGUUUUAAGCGUCAGUGGCAUCUCCAACGACACGAGCGCAUUCACACAGGAGAGAAGCCGUAUCACUGUUCGCAGUGUGGGAAGAAUUUUACUCGUCAGUGGCAUCUCCAACGACACGAGCGCCUUCACACAGGAGAGAAGCCGUAUCAGUGCGCGCAGUGUGGAAAGAGUUUUACCUGUCAGAGUGUCCUCCGACAUCAUGAGCGCAUUCACACAGGAGAGAAGCCGUAUCCCUGUGGACAGUGUGGGAAAAGUUUUACUUGUCAGAGUAAUCUCCAAAUACACGAGCGCAUUCACACAGGAGAGAAGCCGUAUUGCUGUGGACAGUGUGGGAAUAGUUUUACUCGUCAGAGUGAUCUCAAAAUACAUGAGCGCAUUCACACAGGGGAGAAGCCGUAUUGCUGUGGACAGUGUGGGAAAAGUUUUGCCCGACUAUGUGUUCUCCAAAUACACGAGCGCAUUCACACAGGACAGAAGCCGUAUCAUUGUGGACAAUGUGGGAAUAGUUUUACUUCUCAGUGUCAUCUCCAACGACACAAGCGCAUUCACACAGGAGAGAAGCCGUAUUGCUGUGGACAGUGUGGGAAGAGUUUUACCCAACCAUGUGCUCUCCAAAUACACGAGCGCAUUCACACAGGACAUAAGCCGUAUCAUUGUGGACAGUGUGAGAAAAGUUUUACUCGUCAGAGUGAUCUCACACAACACGAGCGUAUUCACACAGGACAGAAGCCGUACUUCUGUGGACAAUGUGGGCGGAGCUAUGCUUAUUCAAUUUCAUUAAGGAGACACAAGUGCUCGAACAUAAAGCCGUCAGAUUUUGUAUCUUAAUUUGACAAAUUCACACGUUUUUAAUUUUCAUUUUUUAAAGAGAGGUAAAGAGAUUCAGGUAUAAAACUGAUAUUAUUUGUUAUGGACUGUAGUAUUCUGUUGUGUAGGACAUUAUUUCUUACUCUCUGGGUUUUAGCAGAAUUCAUGAUUUUAUGUUUUCCUGUUUUUCCCCCAAACGCUACAAUAUCAAGCAUGGAAUACACAUUUUAACCAGCGGGAAUGCCCACUUCAAUCAACCAAUCCAGACCUCUGAGUGAGACACAUGACUGACAUCUCCCUCUAACAUAAGACUUUUCAUUUGAAAUGAUUUGUAAAUGCGAGCUGGAAUUUGCUUUAUAAAAUGUCAUGUUGUGUGUACUAUCGAACUGGGCACCUUGUGUUCUGGACUGAGCUGUGGUGUUUUUAGUAAAAAGGUGUUUUGAGUUAAUUAGUGAUUAAUGAUUAAUGAUUCGAGCUCUUCUCACGUCGACAUUUCUGUAUUAUAAAUUCUUUAUUCUAAUAACUAUAACUUUGAAAUAUUGGAUUUUUGCAGUAAGCCGUAAUCAUCACGAUUAAAAAAAAAAGGCUUGAAAUAUUGCACUUUGUGAAAUGAAUCUAGAAUAUAUGAAAGUUCCACUUUUUGAAUUAAAUUACGGAAAAAGUUUACUUUUCCAUGAUAUGAAUUUUUUUAGAUGCACUUGUGUGUUCCUUUAAGAAAUAAGAUAAUGUUUGUAUGACCUGCAAGUCUUAGUAAUCCUGCGAUAAAAAAUCUACCAAAUUCUGGAUAUUGUCAAACCAGCAACUUUUAAAAGUAACUUCUGAAAGAAAUGUGUUAAAAAUGUGUAAAGGA